AUGAAAAGGGCUUCUCGAAAUCGGCAAUAUAACAAUAACUCUGUUGAUGAGGAAGCCAAGGCUAGACUAAAGCAUCAAAGCCUACUCCAGGAGUUCUUGGAAUUGCAAAAGGAAUUUGUUUCAAUGAAGAAGAAAUUGGAGACGGUUAACCAGAUGCGAGGAAGCCUUUUGAAUGAAGUUCGAUUCUUAAGACAGAGGUACAGCUAUUUAUCAAUGGUCAAGUCUCGAGAAUAUGGACUACAAAAAGAUUCUGUUCAAUCACAAAAUUCCUACCUGCAAAACAAGAUGGUCAAGAAUUUUGGUAUCAAUGUAUCUGUUGAGAGGAGACUGAAUUCUCUUCCUGAUUUAGAUCCAAAUGUGAUUCAUGAGGAAGGGAGUGGGAGAAGUCAAGUAGAUGUUCAGGCGGUGUCUAGAAAGGGGAAGAAGUCGCAAAACCGUUUGAUGAAUGGAAAAAGAGUGGGGAAGAAGAAAAUCUCAUGGCAAGAUCAGGUGGCGUUUAAGAUAUAA